AUGGGCAUCCGAGGCCGAAGGUUCUUGAAGUUGGUCGUUGCUAAUCAGCGUGAUCCUCGGGAUGGCAAACACAUGGAAGUUUUGGGCAGUUUGCAGCGCCGUCCAUUGAACCCGAUUCCAUCAGCCAUAGACGAGACACAUGACAGUCUUUGCGAGAUCCGACUACGCUUCAGUCGCGUGAAGUUUUGGCUGGGUGUGGGCUGCGAGAUGGGAAUCCCAGUGCAGAAUGCACUCGCUCACGCUAACUUGAUUCCUCCUCCUCCACCCAGGUAUGGCUUACGCACUAAAGGCCACUAUCAUCUGUUAUCGCAAAUAGUAGAGCGCCGUGCUCAGAUGCAUGCCGAACAGGUCAAAGCAUUCCUUAACCUUGACGACCCAUUCAUUGUCGACGAAGCAGCACGUCCGCAACCGCCAGAGCCAGAGGAAUCCCCCGCACGAACUGUAGCUGCGGCCUUGUAUCCACCUGAAAUGCGAGCCCAAAUGAGGACUCCCGUGGAAUCGGAUCCACUAGAGGUAUUGGCCAUUUCCCCCACUUCAGAACCUCGUUUUCGCAUGCUAAUCAUGCAGAGUACGUAG